AGACGGGGAGCUGCGUGCAGAGAGGGGCGGCGGCGCGGGAGACCUGUGUGGUCUACAACACCAGCACCCUGUGUCAAGCACUGAAGGCCCCCACCAAAGAGCCUCCGCGGUCCCAUAGCAAGGAGCCGGUGACGCACACCCCAAGGACCACCACCACCAGCGCUCCGUUGACGGGCAGUCCCGAAUUCCACCCGCCUGGCUUUGACACGGCCAGCUUCAUCGGCGGGAUGGGGCUGAGCGUCCAAGCCGUGGUCUUCUUCAUCAUCAAGUUCAUCAAGUCAAAAGACAGCACCUACCAAACGCUGUAA